AUGGUUUACGGUGGAAAGCUGUCAAAGUCAUGUGCACCAUGCAGAACGCGGAGAGCUAGGUGUGAUUUACAACAACCCGGAUGUGGACAAUGUCAAAGAGCACAGCGAAAAUGUCAUGGAUAUCGAGAUACGACGGAGUUCAGGAUAAACGAUUCCACCGAAAAUGUGAUUGAGAAAUUUAAAAACAAGACUCUCAAGAAUGCACAGAAUGCUAGUGAGCGACGUCGGAAAAAGGAAAUUGAAACGCCAAAACCACCUGUGGAAUAUAUCGAUCCGGCUCUGUUGCAUUGUCCAGCACUUUCGGAUCCUCUAGAAACGAGAGCAUCUUGCUAUUUUCGAGCCACAUUUGUAGUUGGACAGUCUCGUUCUUUCAAAUAUCUUGAGAGUUACUACCAACAAGGAGUUAUGAGCUCGCAUUUGUCACUUUCUAUCCAAGCGGUCGGACUGGCCUGCUUGUCAAAGGCAGUGCGGUCAACAAAAUUGGAAAUCCACGCGAGACGGAUUUAUGUACUUGCUUUGAAUUCAAUCAAUGCUGCUCUAGCAUCUCCGGUAGUUUCUAGACACGAUACGACCAUGUCAGCAGUACUAUUACUGGAUGAAUUUGAGAGAUUGAUACCUCCUACAAACCGAUCCAGCAGUGCAUGGUCUAGACACCUCGAGGGAGCUGCAGCGUUGAUGAAAGUUCGUGGCCCUAAGCAAUACGAGACGCAGAUCGGACUUGAAAUGUUUGCUCAAAUGAGUUCACAUUUCUUUGUUACAUGUAUGGAACAUGAGAUCUCUCUUCCGGAAGAUUUUCUAUCGUUGCGGAGUUUUGCUGCCAAUUUUGUCGAUACGGAGGAUCUGGUGUGGCGAUUGACUGAUAUCACGAUUCCGUAUAUUGCGUUCCGAGCUGCUGUGCGGAAUGGAGAUUUGUAUGAUUCUAGCGCCAUAAUUUCCACGGCUGCUCGACUGGAUGGUGAAAUGGCUACUCUGUUGAACGACUUACCGCCCGGAUGGGAACACCAAACGGUGAAUCUGUUAUUGGCAUCUAAUCUAGUACUGGAAUCUCACUAUGAUAUCUAUGCUGUCUCCUCGAUUGCCGAGGCGUUGAAUAGCAUUCGUGCUGGAAGGAUCGCGCUCCUCGACAUCAUUAUCCAAGAAGGUUACAAAGUGGAAAGUACAUUGGAGGACUACUUUUUUACCCUUUCGCUAUCACCGGAAUGCAAACUAGAGGUUGAUCUCGCCAAAGAGAAUCUACACCAGACUACUUCAGCAAUCUGUGCUACUGUUCCUCAACUCGCUGGAUAUCUCCCGUACCUCGACGACCAACGAAUCAUGAAAUCGGACACGACCGAAUGCUUCGAUUUCCCAAAGAUUAGCACCACUACGGCAUUAAGCUCUUACUCACUUCUCUGGCCAUUAUUUGCGUGCGCCAAUUCAACGUACGCCACACCUUUAACAAGGGACUGGAUAAUUCGGCAAUUGAGGUUUAUUGGUGAGUUCUCCGAUAUCAGCAAAGCCAUUGAGUUGGCAGAUAUCCUAGAUAGUGGGAUUCAAAUGGAUAUUUGGAAGGCUUAUGCUAUGAUUGGUUGUAUAUGUUAUUAUAGUUGA